AUGGCAGGGGCCACGGCCGCCAAGCCAGAGAAGCGUCGCCGACCACGUCGCUCUGCAGGCUGUGAAGCAUGUAAAGCACGGCGCAUGAAGUGCACGCAGGAAAAGCCCAGCUGUCGAGAAUGCGAGAAGCGCGGCAUGGCACAUCGAUGUGUGUAUGGAACAGAUCUCAUCAUCUUCCAGUCGGAGAACAGCAAGAUUGAGUCGCAGUAUCGAGUCACGGGCACGAAGCGGCGAUACAUGAGACAGGGCGGCAAUAUGGUAGACGGGGAGAUGGCGAGUUACAUCAUCAAGAAGCUGAAGUGUAAAGUGGAAACGCCAGAGACCAUGAGCAACAGUCAGGGGGCGCCGGCAAGUCCAACGGUGACUGAAGCAUCGACGCCCGCUGUGGACAUCGAUUCGGAGCCGUCGACAACCGUUGUCAGAAAGCAAUACUUGUGCGACGAUGAGAUCCUCCCCGGCAAAGGCUACAAUUCAUGGACGCAAACACCACAUUAUCAUCUGGCCACCCUCGAAGAAUCAGCUCUUGCCAGUUUCUUCAACGACUUUUUGCCGAGUGAGAAGUUCAUUCAAGGCUGGCAGCCUUGGUCGCGUGGACUCAAGGCCAUCUUGAACCAAAAUGACAUGGUGAGAAAUGUUGUCCUUGCCAUUGCUCGCAGGCAUGUCAAGGAUUCACAUGGGACCGAUCCAGCAACUGCUCGCACCAAUAAAGUCCUGGCUACACAAAAUUACCAUCAGUCGGUACUCGCUCUUCAGCACUCCAUCGAUGAUCCGGAACGUGUGCGUCAAGACGGCACCAUUUUGGCCGUCAACCUGCUAGCAUUAUUUGAGCUCAUGUGCGGAAAUAGUUCCAGCUUCCAGUAUCAUGUCGAUGGCUGUUGUCAGUUGCUCAAGCUACGUGGGCCCCAUGCAUUCAACAAGGACACAGAUGCGCUCACUUUACUUACCUUCUCCGCUUAUCAAUCAGAUCAGCUGCGUCAAUCCAUCUUGAAGGGACAAGCAACGUUUUUGGCCGAGCCGGCAUGGCAAGAAGCCGCGAUGCGUGCCUUGUCGCCGUCUCCAGCGAACCGCUUUGCCGGCACACACCUCAACAUCCUCAUGCUUCGACUGACUGAAGUCUGCGCUCAUGACCGCCUAGAUCUCGCCAAGGCUCGACUCUUGGAAGAUGAUUUCAUCAGGGAGCGCGCAGCAACUUUGCCAGUGGCCAAUGUCAUUUCUGCACAGCAACUUGAACGCUUAUCAUCCAAGGCCAAGGCAAUUAGGCUCACCCAAUCGCCAUUCGGUAUGGACUGCAUCUGUUAUGAUGCGUUGCUCAGCAGGCAAUACACUGAAUGCUAUCGUGCAGUGACCAUUGAUUGGGCAUUGCUGCAUCUUCACACAACGUACCCUGCGCUUGCGUCUGCCGCAGAUCAUGCUGUGAUGGUCGAAAUGAUGCAAAUCUGCCAAUACAUCUUCCAUGAUCGCAACAACUACAGCAUCUCUGUCAUUGCAGAUACUUACCAACCUAUGGGAAUCUGCCUAGAAUUCGCACGCACGGACGCCGAAGUGGAUUGGAUCCUGCAUUUCCUCAGCAAUACCGGUGUGACUGCAGCCAACAAGAUUGGUCGUGUGGCCAAGGAGCGUAUCCGUGAUUAUGGUGAUGCACCCACGCUGCGUACGCGUAGUGCCAAGAUCUACGGCCGAUUCCUCGAAGGCACGGGUAUGACGACGCCAGCCAUUGAAGCAGCAGCUCUGGCAGAAGCAGUUGAAGAGCUGCUCGAUGAUGAACGCGCACCCGAGUCUACUGAAGUGGAUCUAGCGAGCGUUGCAGGCAUCUUGACACCCCUUGAGGGUGGUGGGAGUAGCCAAGGCUUGUCACCACAACAGCAAUUUGCAGACUUUGCCGCAUUUCAGCAACCCAAUAUGCAUGGACCCGUGCAGCCUCCGAUGACCAUGCGUUGA